AUGUCUCUCUCUCUCUCUCUCUCUCUCUCUCUCUCUCUCUCUCUCUCUCUCUCUCAGGUUGAAAUCACUCUGCAGGACGUGAAUGAUAACCCACCGGUCUUCCCCACCGACGCUCUGGACAUCACCAUCCAGGAGAACAUCAGCGACGGCUUCAGGAUCCUGCAGCUCACGGCCACAGACGCAGACGAGGGUGCGAACGCUCUGGUGACGUACUCCAUCAUCAGCGGCGCAGACGACAGCUUCCGCAUCGACCCCGAGUCCGGCGAGCUGACCAACACCCGGCGUCUGGACCGCGAGCGCAGAUCCGAGUACUCGCUGCUGGUUCGAGCCGAUGACGGCCAGCAGUCCUCCGACGUCCGGCUCAACAUCACCGUCAGCGACGUCAACGAUCACACGCCACACUUCUCCCGCGCCGUCUACUCCUUCGACAUCCCCGAGGACACCAGCGCAGGUUCGAUCGUGGCGGCGAUUCUGGCCAGCGACUCUGACUCGGGAUCAAACGGUGAGAUCACGUACUCUAUAGAGGAGGAUGAUGAGGACGCCACCUUCCUCCUGAACCCCGUCACCGGCGUCUUCAACGUCACCCGAGCGCUGGACUACGAGUCUCAGCAGUACUUCAUCCUGACGGCGCAGGCCCGGGACGGAGGCGGUCUGUCCAGCUCCGUACGGGUCUACUUCAAUCUUCUGGACGUCAACGAUAACCCGCCGCGCUUCAGCAGCUCGGUCUACAGCAGCUCGGUCCUGGAGAGCGUGAGUCCCGGAGCGAGCGUCCUGAGCCUGAGCGCCGCAGACGCCGACGACGGGCCGAAUGCGGAGCUGCAUUACAGCAUCGCUUCAGGAGACCCGCAGUCACAGUUCACCAUCACAAACACCGGCGUCUUACAGACCAGGAAAGCUCUGGACCGAGAGACGCAGUCAUUUUACAACCUGGUCAUCACCGUGAACGACCUGGCCCUGCCUCCCAUGAGCCGCUUCACCAGCACCGCACAGGUGUCAAUCAUCCUUCUAGAUGUCAACGACUGCCCCCCCACAUUCACGUCUCAAACGACGGCGUAUAUUCAAGAGAACACGCCGGUGGAUACGCUAGUGUUCAGAGCGCAAGCGAGCGACGCCGACAGCGGCCCCAACAGCUACGUGGAGUAUUCCCUCAAAGGGCCGUUUGGGAAUAAAUUCAGCAUCGGGAACAUCGACGGCGGCGUGACUCUGGUGGGUGAACUGGACCGCGAGGAGAUGGCCAAUUACUCUCUGACCAUCGUAGCCACGGAUAAAGGCGAGCCGCCGCUUUCCUCCAGCAUGGAGGUCACGAUGAUGGUGCUGGACGUGAACGACAACACGCCUAGCUUCUCGCAGAACAUCUACGACAUCGAGAUCGAGGAGAACACGCUCAGCGGCACCGACGUCCUGCAGGUGUUCGCUAGCGACGCCGACGAGGGAACCAAUGGCCAGAUACGCUUCUCCAUCGCCGGAGGGAACCUGAACUCGGACUUCCGGAUCGACUCGGUGACGGGAGUGAUUUCUGUGGCGAAGCUGCUGGAUCGCGAGACGCGCUCGGCGUAUUCUCUGCUGGUGCAGGCGGCGGAUCGCGGCAGCAGUCCUCGAGUGGAUCGUGCCACCGUUAACAUCGUGCUUUUGGACGUUAAUGACUUCACGCCUGUGUUUGAGCUCUCGCCGUACAGCGUCAGCGUACAGGAGAACUUAGCAAACCUGCCCAAGAACAUCCUACAGGUGCUGGCCCGUGAUGAUGAUCUGGGCUCUAACGGUCAGAUCAGCUACUCCCUGAGCAGCGGGAACGAGGCGGGAGCGUUCAGCCUCACAUCCGGCGGUCAGCUGAGCCUGAUCCGAACGCUGGACCGGGAAACUCAGGACAAAUACACACUCAUCGUCACGGCGCACGACGCAGGAACGCCAUCUUUGAGCAGUUCUGGUACUGUGACGGUGCUGGUUGGUGAUGUGAAUGAUAAUAUUCCAUCAUUCAGCUCAAUGUCUUUCCACACAACCAUUCCUGAAGAUGCGCCCACUGGAACAGACGUCCUGUUGCUGAACAGCUCAGAUUCAGAUGUGGGACUCAAUGGCGUGAUCAGUUACAGUCUCAGUGGUGGGGACGGUCAGUUCUCCAUCAACCCAGCCACAGGCUUGAUCAUCACCAGCUCCUUGCUGGAUCGAGAGGCACGGGCAAGUUACCAGCUGCUGGUGGUGGCAAUGGACGGUGGACAGCCCACUCCACUAUCCAGCUCUGCCACAGUGUCUGUGGUUGUGGCCGACGUCAACGAUAACCCUCCACGGUUUCACCAUCAUCCAUAUGUUACACACAUACCUGCUUCUACUUCCACAGGCUCACUGGUCUUUGCAGUCACAGUAACAGAUGAAGAUUCCGGCUCAAAUGCCCAACUUCACUAUUCGCUCACUGGACGCAAUUCAGAAAAGUUCAAGAUAGACCCUAUCAGAGGUGCCAUCACUGCAAAUGAAAAACUCACAGGAAGUUCAGAGGUCACCUUCACGGUCCACGUAAAAGAUGGAGGCACCAACCCCAAAACAGACAGCACAACUGUUACAGUUCGCUUUGUUACUGGAGGAGACUUUCCCCAUAUAAGAAUCAAGGAGAAAGCCUUCACCUUCCCAGAGAACCAACCCACAAAUACUGUUGUGACUAAGGUCACCGGAUCUUCACCUAGGGCAGGUUCUUUGUCGUACUACAUUGCAAGUGGAAACCUGGAUAAUGCAUUUCACAUAGAUCAACUUUCAGGAGAGAUGUCUAUCAAAAAGCCUCUGGACUAUGAGAAUAUUGAGAAGUAUGUCUUGUGGAUAGAGGCCCGAGACCAAGGCUUUCCCCCUUAUUCAGCCUAUGAAAAAGUAGAGAUCACAGUUCUGGACGUUAAUGACAACCAUCCUACUUUUGAGCAAGAACCGUUCCACGCUGAGAUUUUAGAAAACCUCUCACCUCAACGUGUGCUGAUAGUAUCGGCAUUCGACCAGGACAGUGGACCAAACGGGCAACUGGAAUAUGCCAUCAUUGAAGGCAACAAAGAAAACAGCUUCAGCAUCAACCGAGCAACUGGUGAAAUCCGCACAACACGACCACUGGAUCGAGAGAAGGCCGCUCAGUAUUCUUUGAUAGUGAAGGCAACGGAUAGAGGCAGUGCUCCUAAAAGCACAGCAGUCAAAGUCUUGAUCAGUGUGCUGGAUGUCAAUGACAAUGCUCCCAGAUUCUCCAAAAUCUUCAGUGCCACUGUACCUGAAAAUGCACCAGUGGGCUUCACUGUUACCCGAGUAACCACCACCGAUGAAGACGCAGGAGCUAAUGCUAUAAGCCGAUACUCCAUCAGCGAUGCAAGUCUUCCCUUCAUUAUCCACCCCAGCACAGGAGACAUCACCAUCAGUAGGCCUCUGAACAGAGAGGACACGGACCACUAUAUUGCCAAAGUCUCAGCACACGAUUCAGGAUGGACUGUUAGCACAGAUGUCACAAUAUUUGUAACAGAUGUGAAUGAUAAUGCUCCAAAAUUUAGCAAGCCGUCAUAUUAUCUGGACUAUCCUGAGCUGACAGAGGUUGGAUCCAUUGUGACUCAAGUCUCUGCCACAGAUCCUGAUGAGGGUUUCAACGGUAAAAUAUUUUACUUUAUUAGAUCUCAAACAGAGUACUUCCGAAUCAACUCCAGUUCUGGUGAGAUCUUCAUUAAACAGCAGCUCAGGUAUCAAAACUCCAGUGGCCACAGUAACAUCAAUGUGAACCGUCAUAGUUUCAUCGUAACCGCUUCAGACCGAGGCAUCAAGCCGCUCAUGAGCGAAACCACAGUUAUCAUAAAUGUAGUUGACAGCAAUGAUAACCCACCCACGUUUGAAUCUUCUUUUUACUUUACCCCUGUCACUAAAAGUGUAAAGGUCGGCACCAGACUCCUCAAAGUCAAAGCCCAUGAUCACAAGGACUUUGGCCUGAACUCUGAAAUAGAGUAUGCUGUGUCUGGAGGCAACAGUUCCAGCAAGUUCCGCUUGGAUAAACAAACUGGAUCGGUCACAGUAGCAUCCUCGCUUACCGCAGACACAGAUAAAGUUUACCUGCUUGAAAUAACAGCAAGUGACAAAGGAAACCCUCCUCUGUCCGCUAAGACCACAGUCAAAGUAGCUGUUACAGAAGAGAACCAUCAUACUCCAGAAUUUUCACAGAACCAAGUAACAGUUACAGUGUCUGAAGGUCUGACUGUCGGCACAGCCAUCCGCACACUUUCAGCACGAGAUAAGGACAAGGACAAACAAAUGAAUGGCCUAGUCACGUACAACAUCUCCUCAGGUAAUGACGAUGGCUUGUUUUCAAUUCACAGUCAAACCGGUGUCUUAUCCCUGGCAAAGCCACUGGAUUACGAAACAAAACAGAAGCAUGAACUCAGAGUUUCUGCAACAGAUGGUGGGUGGAUUGCCAAAACAAGCUAUGUUACAGUUAAUGUCCUAGUUACUGAUGUAAAUGAUAACCCUCCUGUGUUCGACCCUGUGGAGUACUUCCCAGUCGUGCAGGAAAAUGUCCCCAGUGGCACUACUGUGGUAAAAAUGAAUGCAACUGAUAAAGACUCUGGGCCAAAUGCCCUGAUGGCGUAUGUCAUUCAGUCAUCAGACAGUGACUUGUUCAUAAUUGAUCCCAACACAGGAAUCAUCACCACACAAGGUUUCCUAGACUAUGAAGCUAAACAGGUGUAUCACCUUACCGUCAAAGCCUUUAAUGUUCCAGAUGAAGAACGAUGCAGCUUUGCAUAUGUUAACAUUCAGCUGAAAGGUGCUAAUGAAUACGUCCCUCGUUUUGUGUCAAAGCAGUACUACUUUGAGGUUUCAGAGGCAGCACCUAAAGGCACAGUCGUUGGGGAGGUGUUUGCCAGCGACAGAGACUUGGGAGAAGAUGGCAUAGUGUAUUACUUGAUUUUUGGCAGAAGCAGAAAAAGGGGUUUUAGCAUUAAUAAAAAGACAGGCCAGAUCUACGUCUCAGGACCACUUGAUCGUGAAAAAGAAGAAAAGAUUUCUCUCAAAGUCUUAGCUAAGAAUGAAGGAAGCAUUAGAGGGGCAGAUAUUGAUGAGGUGCUUGUGAACAUCACAAUUCUGGAUGCCAACGAUCCUCCUGUAUUCACCCAGGAGCUCUAUGAUGUUCAGGUGAAUGAGGGAUUAUCCCCUGGAGGCCUGGUUACAUUCGUCAGUGCUGAGGAUUCGGAUUCUGUCCCUAGCUGGAGCAGAUUCACCUAUGCCAUCACUGCCAACUAUGAAAAAAGUACCUUCACCAUCAACCCUCAGACAGGACAGGUGUCUGUGGCUUCAGAACUGGACCGGGAAACUGUCCCUGUGUACAACCUCACUGUCCUAGCAGUAGACUCUGGUUCUCCAGCUGCCACCGGCAGUGCCAUUUUAAUUGUGACCCUGGAGGAUAUUAAUGAUAAUGGACCAACUUUGGAGACUACAAGUGGGGAAGUGAUGGAGAAUCAGAGGGCAGGAACAACCGUGAUCACGCUCAGUUCAAGUGAUCCAGAUCUUGCACCAAAUCAAGGACCAUUCUCCUAUAGCCUUGUCAGCACUGGAGCAGCAUCCAGCUACUUCACCCUCAGUCCAUCUGGAGAGCUGACCACCAGCAGAGAGAUAGACCGAGAGCAGAUAAGUGAUUUCUACCUCCCUGUGAUCAUCAAAGACUCUGGUAUUCCUCAGAUGUCCUCAACAGGAACUGUCCACAUCAAAAUUAAUGAUCAGAAUGAUAAUCCCUCAGAGUCUCGCUCCGUAGAGAUCUACGUGCAUUAUUUUGGAAAUAUGUUCCCUGGAGGAUCACUGGGGGUGGUAAAGCCACAGGAUCCAGAUAUACAAGACACAUUCCACUGUUCUCUGACUCCAUCAGCAGCUAUCCUUUUUAGCAUUCCCACAGGAACCUGUGACCUCCGCUCAAACAGUCGCUCCACAGAUGGCACCUUUGAUUUAUCAGUGCGUAGCAGCGAUGGUGCCCACGAUGCUGUCAACAGCCAUGUGCGUGUUUUCUUUAUUGGAUUCAAUAAUGCCACAGUGGACAACAGCAUCCUGAUACGCGUCAUCUCCCAAAGUGCCAGUGACUUCCUUACUAAUUACUACCUCAGUUUCCUGCGCAUUGCCAAUUCACAGCUAGCUGGUUUGGGCACUGGAGUCCAAAUCUAUGGGGUGUUUGAACUAGACAACAGCACUUUCCUGAUGGCAGCUGUUAAGCGUGGUCAUGGGCAAUACAUCAAUCCAAGUGGAGUCGCCACUUUCUUCCAGAGCAUCAAGGAGAUUCUGCACAGACAAAGUGGAGUUAAGAUUGACUCUGUGGACUAUGAUCCCUGCUCCCACAAUCCGUGUCAAAAUGGGGGGAGCUGCAAGAGGCGGCUGGGUGUUGGCCCAGACAUGAAGACAGAGGAGAGUGUCCCGGUCAUCCUCGUGUCGAAUCGCCCCCUACAGCCAUACGCUUGUAACUGCAGGCCAGGUUACGCCGGUACCCUCUGCGAGACUGACAUCGAUGAGUGCCAGCCAACACCUUGUCACAAUGGAGGAACUUGCCACAACUUGGUCGGCGGAUUCUCUUGCUCCUGUCCAGAAGGUUUCACUGGGAUGGCUUGUGAGAGGGACAUCAACGAGUGCCUUUCGAACCCCUGCCAGAAUGGGGCACUCUGCCAGAAUUACCCCGGGGGCUUUAACUGCCUGUGCAAAUCUGGAUUUGCAGGGAAAGCCUGUGAGUCCAUCAUCAAUUACUGUGAGUGUAACCCCUGUUUUAAUGGGGGCUCCUGCCAGAACCGGGUGGAAGGCUAUUACUGUCACUGUCCUUUUGGUGUGUUUGGAAAGCACUGUGAACUGAACAGUUAUGGAUUUGAGGAGCUCUCUUACAUGGAGUUCCCCAGCCUCGACCCCAACAACAACUACAUCUACAUCAAGUUUGCCACUUUGAAGGAAAACGCCUUGCUCAUGUACAAUCACGACAACCAGACCGGCGACAAGGCGGAGUUCCUGGCCCUCGAGAUCUUAGAAGGCAGAAUGAGGUUCUCGUUUAACUUGGGGAGCGGCACUUACAAGCUCAUGACGACCAUCAGGGUCUCAGACGGCCAGUUCCAUACGGUCAUCGCCAGGAGGGCAGGAAUGGCGGCGUCUCUCACUAUUGACCUGUGUGGGGAGGAACAGGAACCGGGAUACUGUGCGGUCAGCAAUGUGGCUGUUCAUACUGACUGGAUUCUGGAUGUCCAGCCAAACCGUCUGUCUGUUGGGGGCGUUCGGUCGAUUGAAGCCCUCCUGCAUCGUCGAGGUCAGGUGGCCACGCAUGACUUUGUCGGGUGCAUCAUGGAGUUUGCUGUCAAUGGACGUCCACUGGAACCAUCUCAAGCUUUGGCUUCACACGGCAUUCUGGACAGAUGCCCCAGGUUAGAGAGCAUGUGUGUCGCUGAGCCCUGCAGACACGGUGGGACGUGUCUGGACAUGUGGUCGUGGCAGCAGUGCCAGUGUACUGAGGGUUUCACUGGACCCACCUGUGAGAAAUACAUUACUGCAGAUACGGCUCUAUCUCUGGACGGUUCGGGUCGUUUGGACUACGGUUUGAGUCAGAGCCGCAAGAGAGAUGUGUUGUUGGCACGAGCGCUGCAGGACCCCGGCCGACCCGUCCCGGAAUACAGCAGCCUGGAGCUGAAGUUCCGCACUCGCAGCGGCUCUGGAACGCUGCUGCACGCACAGGAGAGCUCCAACUACACCACCGUCAGGCUGAAGAACGGUCUGCUGCAGUACGUGUCUGAUGCUGGUGUCGCCGGUAAGGUAGAGAGGAUUGUGGGAGAUGUUGUUCUGUCUGACGGUCAGUGGCACACACUCCUGCUUCAGAGAAACGGAUCAUCCACCAUUCUGCGGAUCGAUGAGUCCAGCUCGAAAGUCAUUCUGCACAAUACGCAAGACUUCGGAGGGAUUGACGUGCACACGCUGUCUCUCGGGGGCGUCCCGACUCGAUCAGCACAACAGAAAACCAGCCCAGGUUUUGAUGGGUGUUACGCCUAUGUGAAAUAUAACGGAGAGAUGCUCCCCUUCAGUGGUGAACACAGGACUGUCUCUAUCUCCAAGACUGAUCCCUCUGUGAAGAUCGGCUGUCGUGGCCCAAAUCUAUGUGAGAGCAGCCCUUGCUGGGACGGGCUGAUGUGUGUGAACCAGUGGUACACCUACCAGUGUGUCCCACCAGGUGACUGUGCCUCAAACCCCUGCCAGCACGGCGGCAGCUGCAUGCCCGGCGCUCGUGGAGGCUUCACCUGUGCGUGUGAGGAGUUCUACACGGGCAGAGUGUGCGAGAGCCUGGUGGCCUGUUUGGGAGUCCGGUGUCCACAGGGUACGGAGUGUAAGCUAGGAGCCAACGGAGGGUCCACCUGUAGUCCAAGUGCAACCACUGAGGAGAUGGUUCUGCCCAUCUGGGCAGUUCCUGCAAUUGUGGGCAGCUGCGCUACUGUCUUAGCAUUGGUGGUUUUGAGCCUCAUACUGUGCAACCACUGCAAGGGCCGCAAGAAAACCAAAGUGCCAAAGGAUGAGAAGAAAACAAAGGAGAAGAAGAAGAAGAAGAAAAAGAAAGGCAGUGAGAAUGUGGCAUUUGAUGAUCCAGACAACAUUCCACCUUACGUAGAUGACAUGACAGUCCGGAAACAACCAGAGGGAAACCCCAAACCUGACAUUAUAGAGCGGGAGAAUCCCUACUUGAUCUAUGACGAAACUGACAUUGCACACAACAGUGAAACCAUUCCCAGCGCCCCCUGUGCUCCAUGUGCAGGACCAGAAGCAGACAUGGAACACUAUGACAUUGACAACGCCAGCAGCAUUGCUCCAUCAGAUGCCGACAUCAUCCAGCACUACAAACACUUCCGUAGCCAUACUCCCAAGUUUUCUAUUCAGCGCCACAGUCCACUGGGAUUUGCCCGCCAGUCCCCUCUUCCACUAGGUGCCACCAGCUACACCUACCAGCCGACCUACACCCAGGGGCUCCGCUCCACACCCCUCAGCCAUUCAGCUUGCCCCACGCCCAAUCCCCUGUCACGCCACAGUCCAGCACCCUUUAACAAGCCAUCCUCCUUCUACCGCAACACUCCCACCCGUGAACUCAACUUGGCACGCCGUGAGGGCAGCCCUCUCGAUUUCCACGGCGACGUGGGCCAGCCUGGUAUGUUCAACUACGCCACCCGAUUGGGCAGGCGCAGCAAGAGCCCUCAGACCAUGGCGGGCCAUGGCUCUCGGCCCGGGAGUCGUCUCAAGCAGCCAAUCGAGCAGAUUCCAUUGGAGAGUGGCCCACCUGUGGGGUUGUCCAUAGAGGAGGUGGAACGCCUCAACACACCUCGACCCAGGAAUCCCAGCAUCUGCAGCGCCGAUCACGGGCGCUCAUCAUCUGAGGAAGACUGCCGCCGACCGCUCUCACGUGUCCGGAACCCUGCAGAUGGCAUCCCUGCUCCGGAAUCCUCCUCCGAGAGCGACUCCCAUGACUCCUUCACCUGCUCGGAGAUGGAGUACGACCGUGAGAAAGCAGUUUCCUACAGUUCUCGCAUGCCCAAGCUCUCGCAGGUCAACGAGUCAGACGCCGAUGAUGAGGAUCACGGAGGGAGGAUGCGACAGAGGCGAUACUCCAGUCGACGUGCGGAGGGUGGGCCGUCCAGCAGCCACAACACACUAUCGGAGUAUCAGCACCACACUUUACCCCAUAAACUGGGCCAAGGGUCCAAUAACUUCAACUGGGACAACCUACUGAACUGGGGUCCGGGGUUCACCCACUACGUGGACGUUUUUAAAGACUUAGCACUGCUACCAGAGAACUCUGCUGCUAAAGACAUCGAAAUGAAGAGCGGCGACGGCUCCAUCACAAUUCUGAAUGAGGGCGAAACUGAGCAGUAUGUAUGAGAAGCACUGAGUCCUCAUCUCUUUGCCCUCUAAGACUGGAGUCAGGAGCCAUUGCAAAACACAUGAAAUACUGAUUAAUUUCUGAAAUUUGAUUAAGACGAACUUAAAUGCAGCAAGGCAGAGCACUGAUACAAAAGACGAGCAACAAACACCCUUCACAGAGUGCAAUAAAAAAAAACACACUGGGGGAGCACAGACUAGUCGUUUCGUUUUGCCAUUAGUUGAUGUGUUGGGUUGACUAAUCAUGGAUUAUGCAAUGGUGCAUCCCAGUGUAUUUGCAUGCCAUUUUCUUUGAACAGUAUUGGCCAAUUAUAUUUGUAAUUUAGUGAACCUAGAGCACUUUGCGCUCACAAAGCACAUUGUUAGUAAACCCCACUGGUGCUGUGUAAUGACUAAGGUUUUCUGAGUGUUGCAUUUACCAGCAGCAGUAGACCGCUGAUGCUGGAUACCAUGUUAUGAGUCACUUAUGUUAAGAUAAACAGUAAUUCACACGUAAACGAAUAGUUGUGCAACCUCUUCCAACAAACACACCAACAACACAAACUCUGGAAGAGGAACUGGGAGAGGUGCGGCACUACCAUGAACACACAUAUGAAGUGAAUCAGUUCUAGUCCAUCCGUCUGUUCUGACUGAGUUCAGAGUGCUAAAAUAAAGUGGGUCAUAAUGAAGGGUCGUUGUGACCCUCCGGCACUGCAGCCCUGGAGUCUGGGCUCUGUCCGUUUGGCUGAUUUUCCUGUGUGUUAGUGCCUCGACCUCUAGGAAUCACAUCCAUGAGCUCGGUGUGAAGAGCAGGGCCAUAUUUGGCUCCGGUUCUGCACACUCCAGCCAAAAUAGAAAGAAAAGCUAUGGAACCAUCUGCCAAGAACGGGUGUUUCUCAUCCUGAAUAACUGGCUGCCGUCUAAAACAACAAAACCUCCAGAUAUGAGAUUAAUCAGGCCUCUGCCUUCUGGAUAUUUGAGGAUUUACAUUUGGGAGCAUGGACACUAUGACUUUGAAUGGUUAUUUGUAUUGGUGUAUUGCAGGUUUCGUACAAACACGCUUGACCUGUCCAACGCAAUGCCCACCUGCUAUGAGACUAUGAACUUGUGUACAUUUUGUAUUAAUGUGGAAGCUCUUGGAAGUCAAUGUUCUCUGUCGUUUUGUGAUUUUUGUUCAGUGUUUUUAAAAUGUACGGUUUCUACUUUUUUACUGUUUAUUAACUUAAAGGUUCGUUUUUAUGGAUAUUUUUCAUAUGCUGGAAAUGAGGUUCUUACUUUCAGCGGAAGUAAGAUUGAACUUCUUUUUUUUUUUUUACAUUUGUUACUUAUGUAACAUCAGUAUUUUCCACUAUUUUGAUAAAACUAUAACAUAAUGUCUGAUUUAUACGUGUAAAAGCCAAUAACAGAAUAAACAAAAAAAUAUUUAUUUAAAAAAAGAAGUCCAUUUUGGUUUUGAUGAGAC